CUCGGAUUCCGGCGCAUGCGCUCAUGUUUGUUUUGACUGAAAAUGCCGUCGGUUUCGAAAACGGCGCUGAGCGGCUCCCCGCAGACCGAGAAACCGACACACUACACGUAUCUUAAGGAAUUUCGGACCGAGCAGUGCCCGCUGUUUUUGCAGCACAAAUGUACCCAGCAUAGACCUUUUACCUGCUUUCACUGGCACUUCUUAAACCAACGACGUCGCAGACCCAUCCGUAGGCGAGAUGGCACCUUUAACUACAGUCCAGACGUUUAUUGUACGAAAUACGAUGAAACCACAGGAAUGUGUCCCGAUGGAGACGAUUGUCCAUAUUUGCAUAGGACAACAGGCGACACCGAAAGAAAGUAUCAUCUACGAUAUUACAAGACUGGUACUUGUAUUCAUGAAACAGAUGCUCGAGGGCAUUGUGUGAAGAAUGGACCCCAUUGUGCCUUUGCCCAUGGUCCUCAUGACCUUAGACCUCCUGUCUACGAUAUAAGGGAAAUCCAAGCACAGGAAGCCUUACAGAACGGGCAACUUGGAAGCGAAGGAAUUCCCGACCUACAGCCAGGCGUCUUGGCCAGCCAGGCGAUGAUAGAGAAAAUUCUGGGAGAGGAUCCUAGGUGGCAAGAUACAAAUUUUGUGCUAGCCAGCUAUAAAACGGAGCAGUGCACUAAACCACCCCGGCUGUGUCGCCAAGGAUAUGCCUGCCCUCACUACCAUAAUAGCAGAGACAGGAGGCGCAACCCGAGGAAAUUCAAAUACAGAUCUACACCAUGCCCAAGCGUGAAACACGGGGAUGAGUGGGGAGAGCCUUCGAAGUGCGAAAGUGGGGACAGUUGUCAGUACUGCCAUUCCCGCACUGAACAGCAGUUCCAUCCGGAGAUAUACAAAUCUACAAAGUGCAAUGAUGUGAGGCAAACUGGCUACUGCCCCAGAGGACCCUUCUGUGCAUUUGCACACGUUGAACGAAUUCCCUCUGCUGAAGAGACUAUGAAUGUCAUGAUGCAAUCAAGCUGUCACUUAAAACAAGCCCCGUCUCUCUAUUCUUCAGACAGUAUAGGCUUUUCCGGUGACUGGAGCACUACUAUGACUUGUACUAAUAGCCUCCUGAACCACAGCGAACAAAUUACAAAUGCAAAACACAAGUGCCUGUCUUUGGAUAAUAAUCAUAAAUUGAAUGACCAAGAAAACAAACAGAACCAUCUCAGUGUUUUUUCAGUGGUUAACCCACUGGCUUCCAGUAUAACAUCCAGUAUAACUUCUAGUCUGGCAUCCAGUAUUGGCUCAGAUAGUUCGUCCCCUACCGCGCUAUCAAGUGUUAAUGCCAAAGCACUCCCAUUCUACCCUGCUAGUAAUACUGUUGAAUCAGUAAUAGGUUCUGCCCUCGAUCUUCAUUUUAGCAAUAUAAAUGUGGCAUCUUUAGACAAAGACUUAGAAGACUCUGAGAACAGUGACCUAGGCUUAUCGAGUCAAAGGUUACUGGGAAGCUCAGCACCUGUGAAUAUCCCAGGAUCUCUUGCUCGUUCAUCCUCCCUUCACUCUUCUUCUUCUCUUUCGACUUCGCCUCUGAGUUCGCUUUCCCAGUCACUGUCCCAGUCUUACCUCUCCUCCAGUAUGGCUCCCCGCCAUCAACAGACGCCGACACUCAAGUCUGAGCACAACGCCUUAGGCACUUCAACCUCUUCACACAACUCUUUAGGUUUAAAUGGGGUGACGGGCAGUAUUUGGGACUUUGUUAGCGGAAGUUUCUCACCCAGUCCCUCGCCAGUGUUUAGCAGUGGUACUACCAAUUCCACCAGUACUAGCUCAAAUGGUAGUGAGCUGUCCCGUGUUAGGAGAGAACUCGAUGAGGCCAAGCGGAAAAUAAAAAGAUGGGAAGAUUCUUGGCAACAAGUGAAACAGGCUUGUGACGCAUGGCAGAAAGAAGCCCAAGAGGCAAAAGAGCGUGCCAAGGCAGCAGAUGCAGACCGACAAGUAGCACUUUUACAGAAGGAAGAGGUGGAGGGCAAACUAAAGAAACUCCAGGAAGAAUUUGAUGUCUUGUGUGUAUCUCCACAGUUUCCCUUAAUGAGAAAAUACGGCGACGUAGAAAAACUUCCUUUACCAAAGCUACAUUCUAUAAAAAGUCAACUUUGUUCCGACUUGGAAACAAUAGAUGGGUUGAUAUUCCAGCUCCAUUCCCAAAAGUGUGUCGUCUGCCAUGAAAAUGACAGAAGUGUAGUCCUGCAGCCCUGCCAGCAUUACGUCUUGUGUGAACAGUGUGCGUCCAGCAAACCGGAAUGUCCUUACUGCAAGACCAAAAGAAUGAAAUGUUUCUUCCACUUAUUUGAAGAACCUUUCAUUGUCCUUUACGUUAACCCUUGAUUGGGCUGAGGAGUUUAUUGGAUCUCUUGAUACAAUGUGGCUUGUAGUAUUCUGGCCAGGGGUGACUUUCAUAUGAGUGAGUCAACUUUUACACGGUGUAUGCAAUUACUGCAAGUCAAAGUUUUAUAAAAAUGCAAUUCAUGAACAAAUGCACUAUGAGAAAUUGAUCAAAUUAUUGAAUAUUGACAAUAUUCUUGAUUGGGAACUGUACAUUUUACCAAAUAAGUCGAGGAUUGCUCACAUGU